CAAAGCCCUUUGGGUUAGGGUUUAUGCUCGAUCUUUGGGAUCUGAAGAUUGGGAAAACCUUUCUCCGAUUAACCAUCAACAGCUUAUGAUUCGUGCUUUUCAUUCGAGAUCUCCUUGGCAAUAGCAGUUUGUGUCGAAUAGAAUUGGCAAAGGGAAAAGAAAGGAAUGGAGGCUCAACCUAAAGGAGAAGAAGAUCAACAGGCCAUAAGUCCCAAGGAUGUUGGGUGGAUGGGAAUGUUGGAAGAGAAAUAUCGAAAAAUCAAAGAGCAUGCAGAGACUUAUCCUUAUGUGUGGGCUUCCUACAUUCUUGUGUAUGGUGGUUUUGGCCUCUACUUUACCUAUAGAUGGAGGAAGCUUCGACAGAUGGAGGACAGGGUUCAGGCUCAUAUGGAGAGACUGCGCAAGCUUCAUGAAGCUGAAGCAUCCUCAAGCUCUGGCGCAUCGGUUGAAAAGGCACUACCGCCCGCGUCCUCAAGCUCUGGCGCAUUAGUUGAAAAGGCGCAACCGCCCGCUAAGGCUCAACCGCCCGCUGAUAAGGCUGUCGAAUGAUGGAAUUUAUUGCUCCGGGGUUUCGAGAUAGAUGGUCCUCAUUUCAUGAUGGUUUGAAGAAAAGAGUUGGUAAUAGAUGUUAUUCUUCGAGAAACUUUGUACAGACUUGAGGUCUCGUUAUUUUAUGCCCAUAAUUUUGUCAGUUUUGGCGACUUCCUAUUUUGACCAGAAGUUAAUAGAUGAUUGUUUUAGCACAAGGAAAUGGCUGAAUCAGUGCCAUGUAAUGUUGGUUAUGUUAUCAAAUUGUUGAAUGUUGUAUAAUGCAGCAUUGCCAUCCCAUUUUCAAGUCUUUAUUAACUGUGUCUAAACCUCAUUAUUAUUUCCGACAGGAGUCUUCCAAUUUUCAUGUUACAAGUCUUCUCUGUUUCUAGAGUACGAGUGAGUCAAACGUCAAUGGAAAGGGCUAAAAA